GGUGACUUUGAGGUGCUGUCGAACCACUGGACCAGAAUUUGUCGUUGGGCGCAUUCAAACCACCGGAGCAAGUUUCUCUUACGGACUGCGUUAAAAUGGCGGGGCUCAAUAGACUGUUCGGUACAUUAUCCUCUCUUAUCUCGACGACGACGGAAUGUACGAUGGUCCGAAAAUCGCCCCUUCUUAGACACUCUCAAUCGCCAUGUGCAUCCUCCUCCACCUCAUUCAUCCGGUCAAAUUCGACUCUAGUCAUCCGACCGACGCUCCAAACAGGUCUCAAGCGAGCAAACCGAGGCACCAGAGGUCUACCCAAAAUCCCCAGUUCAGAAGCCUUAGGAAUGUUGAAAUCGGAAGACAACCACUACCUGGUGACGUUUCUUGUGGGGAAGAAGUAUAAACUGAUGGUCGAUGAUCAGGUCACCCUGCCUCAUAUCAAGGAUCUCAAGGUGGGCGACUUGAUCAAACUAACCCGGAUCACCGAGGUUGGUUCGCGAAAUUUUACCCUUCGAGCACUCGGCAACGGUACCGUGGGUCAUGCCAAGCGAGAGACCCUCUCCCCCGCAGCUUCAAAAACCUUGGGCUGGAAGGCCAAGAAACUCGGCAUGGAUCCUGCUGAACUCAGUCGGGAGGCAAGGACGGUCUGCUUUAAGCCCGAGAUCCCGCAUUAUCUUGACGAGGAUCUCGUGCAUGCUUCCGCUAUCGUCGUCGAACACACCCGUGGGAAGAUGAGCACGGUGAUCAAGAAGAAACGAAGGAAAGGAUACCGGAAAACAAUUAAGAAUAAACCUUACUACACUAGGAUUCGUCUUUGUGAGAUCAAGGUCCCAACGAUCCAAGCUGAUUCCAGUCAACCGAGGAUACCAAGCAUGUCAGCCGAUCCCAGCGCGACCCAUCAAUCUACCAUCACAGUUUGAAGGUACCCACACGCCCAAUUUUAUUCUCCUUGAACAAGAUCAACAUGGCUACAAUUGUCAGCCUCUUUCUGUAGAUGCCUAUUCAAAUUGGAAUCAUGGCCAGAACCAUAAGCGCUUUUCACCAGUAGUAAACACCUACUUUUACCAACAUUUAUACAUGAGUGUCUAUGGUUGUCGUUUCCCAAAGUCCUUGUUGGGCAGAGCUUCAAGUCAGCUCCUUGUCUGAUAAACAAGAAAAACGACCCUUGUGGGCCAAACAAUGCACGCCAUGGACCACUCUUGUUUCAGGUGGGAGGGGGGAGGUUACUAAAUCACUAGCUAAUUUGGCACAUACAAACUAAAUUGAAAUGUUUCUUACAAAUCCAACCUCAAUUAACACGUCAACCGGGGGGGGGGAUAGAGAGAAAGGAGAAAUGAAUGCAUUAAAAAAUGACUAUGACUGCAAACCCAUUAGCAAGCUCAUCAUCAUUAAAUCCCAAGCAUUUUUAUUAUUAUUUUUGAAAAAGGUUUUCCUCUAUAUACAUGAAUUUAGAGUACUAGUGAGACAACUUUUUGUCCAAG